UUCUAUUUAAUGAAGAUCGUUUGCAAUCUAAAUGUAAUUUAAAAUGUUAAAACGUAAUAAUUAUUAGUAAUGUUUAAGUAUUGAUUCAGUAUGCUUCGUAAACAUUUGAUUCAUUGACAAAGAUUCGACUCAAACGAAUCGUACGUCGCUAGUCUAUGUUCGAAAGUUCAACGAUUUUCUCUUAUUUGUAGUUGAUAAACAUAUUAAAUCAGCUGUUACACAUGGACUAGAGCCGUAUAAGAUUCAAAUGUCGUAACGUACAUUUUUUAUAAUAAUGGUCAAAUUCACUCAGGCGUCUUUUAAGGCACCUCGGAAGGCUGACAGGGGUCUUGCCUGCUGACAGUAUGGCCGCCUUCAGCAGAGGAAGGCAGAGGAUAAGAACUCUCUACUGUUUUAAGACUUUAAUAUUUACAAGAAACUAUACAGCUGGUAAAUUCGAUUAUGAUCUGGUGGUCAUUGGUGGAGGCUCUGGAGGACUGGCAUGUUCAAAAGAAGCCGCCCAAUUAGGACAGAGAGUUGCUGUCUUGGACUAUGUUGAACCUUCACUCAAAGGCACUAAAUGGGGUCUCGGUGGCACCUGUGUGAAUGUCGGCUGUAUUCCAAAGAAGCUUAUGCAUCAGGCGGCGCUGCUUGGCACGGCUGUCAAAGAUGCUAGGAAGUACGGCUGGCAAAUCCCAGAAUCCCCGUCACAUGACUGGUCAACAAUGGCCGAGGCUGUCCAGAACCACGUGAAGUCUCUAAACUGGGGUCAUAGAGUUCAACUACAGGACAAGAAGGUGAAAUAUUUGAAUACGAAGGGCGGUCUGGUGGAUGAGCACACUGUCAGAGCUGUAAAUGCCAAAGGGAAAGAGACGACAAUGACCGCUAAAAACAUUGUGUUUGCGACUGGUGGGAGGCCAAAGUACCCUGCACAUGUCCCAGGAGCCGUGGAGUUCGGGAUCACGAGUGACGACGUUUUCUGGCUCAAAGAGUCUCCAAAAAAGACGUUGGUUGUUGGUGCCAGUUAUGUAGCGUUGGAGUGUGCCGGUUUCCUGACAGGCAUCGGUCUGGACACCACUGUGAUGGUCCGCAGCAUCGCCCUCCGGGGCUUUGAUCAGCAAAUGUCUGGUUUAGUCACAGACUACAUGGAGGCCUAUGGCACUAAGUUUUCCUGGAGGUGUACACCGAAACAAGUGAAAAAGCUGCCCUCCGGGCUUCUUCAGGUCACAUGGAUGGAUCUAAACACUAAAGAGGAGCAUCGAGACACGUUUCACUCGGUGCUUUGGGCUGUAGGCAGAGCCCCUGAAACCAAGACCCUCAAUUUGGAGAAGGUUGGCGUGGAGAUGAACAAAGAAACGGGGAAGGUCAUCGUAGCCGCUGACGAAGCCACCUCCGUGCCGAAUAUUUUCGCUAUCGGAGACAUCGCUGAGGUUUUGCCGAAAUGCAGCCACAUAUUUCCAGCGAGGCCACGUUGAAAGCAUCACAUCCACAGCGUAUUCUCGUCUGUCAGUUCAAUCGCUCUCCUGGAAGGUCGUUGCCCCUUUAACAUCUCCGACGCAACUGGCUGCCGGGAUCGAAUAUCGCAGCUGCCCGUCAUCCGCAGCAGCUGUGUGAUUGCUGGCGCGCACACAGAGACCCAAAACCGGUCCGAAGAAGCGCCUUGUGGUCUUCACGCCCCUUUCAAUGUGCAUCGCUUCUUAUUUUUCAAUGAAAGAAAAGAUGUCGAGCUGCACCUGGUUGCUGCCAAGAAACGCAUUUACUAUACAGCUGCCUGGGUGGCGUCCACACACACACACACACACACACACACACACACCGAGGCGGUUCCUUGGACUGCAGGAUGUACAGAAGUUAUCAGACUGGUUGCUGAUGCCAUUAGUCAGUGAGUGAGAAUUUGCCCCGCGGUGCUGCAUGUUCCUGUGUUGUUACUGUAGGCAUGUUUUUCCCAGCGCUGAUUGGCAGCCAUCCACCUCUGCGCUGUAAUCAUCCUCAUCGUGACGGACGGCCGUGUAAUGUUGAGAUGAUACUAAUCUCUGAAACGUCUGAUCAGGCUAAUCGCGCACAGAUUUACACUUAGCGACACGCCGCUUGAACGUAACGCAAAGGAUUGUUUACAUCGUUUCUGUUGCGUUGUGACCUGGGGCAUAAAACAAGCUCAUUUUGAACCGGACUGAAAUAAGCCUGGCUUGCUUUGUAAACUCGUUUUUUUAUUGUGCCUGGAAUUAGACUGAAUUUGCUGUCGAAUGCUGUUUAGCGUUAUUUAGGCCGCUUAUAGUAUCAAUAAAUAUUUAGCUUUUAUUUUUAUCGUUUGGUUCAAAUGUUAGCUUAGGUUUUAAUAAUGUACCUUUUAUAAUUAAAUGUUUAUUUAAAUUAUAGAUCGGCAAUCACAAACGAAAAGAUUUAAUUAGUUAGUUGCCAGUUACAUUUUGAUUUUAGCAGAAUUUUUUAAUAAUAUAGUUAAUAUGUAAUAUGAGGCACGUGGUAAGGGUUUUUUUUUUUUGCAGCAGCAGCAGCAGAUAGAAAGUUGAAAAUAAUAGAAAUAAUGAAGAAAUAAAAGAAUAGAGAAUGAGGGUCAUUUGUUUAAAUAAUGUAAAGGACACAAGUUAAAUUAAUAGAUGAUGCUAGUGCUAGAGGGUUCGAUCUUCUUCUUCUUCUUCUUCUUUUUCUUCCGCUUAUCCGGGGCCGGGUCGCGGGGCAACAGUCUAAGCAGGGAUGCCCAGACUUCCCUCUCCCAGACACUUCCUCCA